GGUGACGCAAGGUGACGUAUAGAACGGGGUAAUCGACAGGGAGGCGGGCCAAUGAGCGCGGAGGCCCGGGCUGCCCGUGGCCAGUGACAACAGAGGGGCGGGUGGUGUGCGUGUGUCUGAGGAGAGCGCGGUAUAGCAGGGCACACCGCCGGGUGUGUGUAUCCUCCCAUGCCGCUCCCCCGGCCCUGAGGCCAAUGGCUCCUCAGAAACACGGCAACAGCUCCGGACCGGGGGGUUUCGGUGCUCCUUCCUCUUCCAGCGGCAAUAACAACAGUAGCGGAGGUGUCCCCCCUGUAAAGAGACCCAAGAUGGAGCUGAUUCAGGCCGACCAUGAGCUCUUCCUGCAGGCCUUCGAGAAGCCGACUCAGAUUUAUCGGUUUCUGAGGACAAGAAAUCUUAUUGCUCCAAUAUUUUUGCAUCGGACGCUCACGUACAUGUCACAUCGCAACUCUCGAUCAAAUGUCAGAAGGAAAACAUUUAAAGUUAAUGACCUGUUGCUAAAAGUGGAAAGAAUGAGAGGAGACCAUGAUGCUGACAGUCUGUCUGCUCACCUACAGCUGACAUUCACCGGCUUCUUCCAUAAAAGUGAUAAGCCAUCUCAAAACUCUGAAAAUGAACAAAACUCUGUAACACUGGAGGUUCUGCUGGUGAAAGUGUGUCAUAAGAAGCGCAAGGACGUGAGUUGUCCCAUAAGACAGGUCCCUACGGGGAAGAAACUGGUGCCUUUGAAUCCUGACCUCAAUCCUUUGAAAGUCAACAACUUCCCCUCGCUGGCUGUGUCUAGCAAUGAGUUUGAGCCCAGCAACAGUCACAUGGUAAAAUCCUACUCUCUGCUCUUCCGCGUCACCAGUCCAGGCCACCGAGACUUAAAUGGCUUAUCUAAUGGAGAGACCAAUGAGAACAUAGAUGUCACAGAGGAUCCUCCUGCCAGACGAAAGAGAAACACCUCAAACCGGGAUGACGAGAAGAUUUUUGUGGCACAAAUGACCGUAUUUGAUAAGAACAGGCGUUUGCAGUUACUAGAUGGAGAGUAUGAAGUUGCAAUGCAAGAGAUGGAGGACUGUCCUGUUAGUAAAAAGAGGGCUACAUGGGAAACCAUUUUGGACGGCAAGAGGCUGCCACCAUUUGAGACUUUCUCCCAAGGUCCAACCCUACAGUUUACCCUAAGAUGGACGAGUGAUGCAACAGAUAAAUCCACUGCACCCAUUGCUAAACCUUUGGCAACCCGUAACUCUGAAAGUGCUCCCCAAGAGCACAAGCCAGUUGCUGUUAAACCCAUGCAGACUAUAGCUGUGAAGGAGACUGUGUCCUCAGAUAUGCAGACCAAGAAAGAGAAGGACCUUUCAAGUGAGCCUCGUCAAAAACUCCGGAUCUUUUAUCAGUUUUUGUACAACAACAACACCCGGCAGCAGACGGAGGCCAGAGAUGACCUACAUUGUCCAUGGUGCACACUGAACUGCCGCAAGCUUUACAGUUUACUAAAGCACCUCAAGCUGUGUCACAGCAGAUUCAUCUUCAAUUACGUGUAUCAUCCGAAAGGGGCUCGAAUUGAUGUCUCCAUCAAUGAAUGCUAUGAUGGAUCCUAUGCAGGUAACCCACAAGACAUUCAUCGUCAGCCAGGGUUUGCAUUCAGUCGGAAUGGGCCAGUCAAGAGGACCCCUAUAACACACAUCCUGGUGUGCAGGCCAAAACGUACAAAAGGUGGUAUGUCCGAGUUCUAUGAGUCUGAGGAUGGAGAAGUGGAGCAGCAGAGGACUUACAGCAGCGGGCACAAUAGACUGUACUUUCACAGUGACACAUGCCUUCCUCUCCGUCCCCAAGAGAUGGAGGUGGACAGCGAAGAUGAGAAAGAUCCUGAAUGGCUAAGAGAAAAAACAAUAACUCAAAUUGAGGAAUUCUCUGAUGUCAAUGAAGGGGAGAAGGAAGUCAUGAAAAUGUGGAACCUGCACGUCAUGAAACAUGGGUUCAUUGCAGACAAUCAAAUGAAUCAUGCUUGUAUGCAGUUUGUGGAAAACUUUGGACCCAAAAUCAUUAAGAAAAACUUGUGCCGAAACUUUAUGCUUCAUCUAGUGAGUAUGCACGACUUUAACCUAAUCAGCAUUUCUACAAUAGAAAAAGCUGUGUCCAAACUGCGGGACAUGCAAUACAAAAUGGAAAAAGGAGAGUCUCCCACUUCCACUGUGGAGGAGCCUCCAGAGGAACUGCAUGGAAUAACCAAUGGUUUUGUUGAGACAAAUGGAAGAGAGAGAGCUUUAGAAAAUGACAGUGCGUCAGGGUUCUUUAAACAGAGCAAAAAACAACGCCUGUGAAGACUGCAGAAUAGGUGUACACUGAACUGUGGCUGAGCGUAACUUCCACCGGAGGUGCCCAAGCAAGUGUCAGUAUGCGAGGGCACCCGCAAAGCAAUACAUUACAAACUUUUCUACCUUUCUACUCAAUUUCUCAAUUCCACCUCCAGUCAAGGCAUGAAGUCUGCAACAUUUUUUUUUUUUUUAAACACAAACUCUGGCUUUUGUAUCCUUCCCUACCACUUUUGCAGUGGUACCGUUUAUGAAUUUUUAUUUAUGUAAAAAAAAAAAUUUCAGUUGCUUCCAAUAUUGACUGUUAUUUUUUUAACCUUUUGUAAUGUCAGAGGUUUGUAUUUGACCUCACCAUUGAACAGAAUUGAUAUCUGUGGCACAAUAAAAUGGACUUGUGCUCACUAUUGCCAUUUACAUGAUGAAAACUGUAUGAAAUGUAAUCUUCCCCCUCCCCAAUGGAAAGCGCUUUUUGGUCAGAUAUGUGGUUUGUUUUCUGUGCCCCCUUCUGUCCCAAAUCAGUACUCCCAUUAUUCUGUGCAAGAUUGUGCUAGAUAAUGACGUUUUCAUUAAUUAAUCUGCAUGCAAUUACAUUUUACUUUGAACCACUUUGUAAACUAGUUGUAACAAGGCUGACUAGAUUUCGCCCUCUGCUGGGAGUGUUGUGCACUUCUUCGUUAGGGCAGUGAGUGCAGCAGUGUCCCUCAUAUAUUAAAUAACGCCAUGUUUUUACAGGUCUUUUAAUCAUGAUCUGCAUAAUGUUACUGGUUUUCUUUUAUGUCCCAGGAAGCACUGCUAAUGGAAUAACAUCCCUUUUUUUUAAUACUGCAUUUCAUAGUUUUUAUUUAUAAAAGAAUUAUGCUGCUUGAAGUACAGGUAUCUUCAUCCACCAUCUUUUUUAUAUCAUUUAUCUUGGUAAAAUAUCAUCUAAUCUUUGUAAUUGUGAUUUCAGACAUGUAUACAAUUGUACAUAUAGCAAAUUGGUUGGUCGUAAAUGUAUGUUAAUUGUGAUGCUAUUUAAUGAAUUGUGUGGAUGUUCAGUAUAAGAGUCAGGGUCACUGAUAUUUGUGUAAAAAUAGGAAGGUGGUUUGCAGGUUUUUUUUUUUUUUUUUUUUUUUUUUUUUUUACAUUUCCAGAUUCAUGCUUUUUCUCUUGCUAGAAAUCAGAUUUUUCUCCUUGUUAUGCUGCACCUAUCUAAUGCAGCCUCUGACAUGCAUCGGCACGUAUGUAAAGCCAUAUAGGCUAAAGGUAGGUAGAGAUGCUUAGCGGGCAGUCCUGCUUUUAUUUGGCUUAAAAACUGGCAUCGUUUGCACAAGAUAUGGUGAUGGCCCCUUGCACCCUCUCUCUUGAAAUAGUCCUGAAUUCCUGUGUCAAGUUAACUUGUCAUGUCAAUUUCUAAUAAAGUAUAAAAUGAAA